UAAAGGUACAGGUGAGAUUGAAAGCCAUCUGACAUGAUGAAUAGUGAGGUCGAGAAGCAUCCUUUUCAGCUGCGGUGCAUAACCUACCUGGUGCCAAGCAUACCUGUGGAGUUUUUUGAGACCCUGGUACAUUUGUUUGAAGAGAAGCUUGGAAUUCCUACCUCCCUCAUUUAUGAGUCGAGGGGGAAUGGGGGUCCACUUGCUGAUCAUGAGGAUCCCUUCAAGUCUGACUGGGCCCAUGUUGGAUUUAUGAGCAGUUCAGGGUACCUGAGGAUGAAGGAGGAGAAGUGGAUGUCAGUGGAACUACUUCCUGUCUCCUCUGUCCAUAUACAUAAGAAGAAACUGACAAUACCAGGUGUUCUGGUGGAUGUCAUUGUUCAUUCUGAUACCAGAGAUCGCAUAAAGGAGUUUAUGGACUUGCGUGGCUGCAAGUGGGCUUACACAUAUAGUACAUCCAUCUCAUCAUCCAUCUUGGCCACAUACAAGUUGAAGCAGCUUGGAGAGACCUCAAACUUCUUUGGGGAUCAUUUGGUAUCGGGUAGUCAUGUGAAUUCCAUCAACAUGGUGCUAAUGAAGCAGGCAGAGGCAUCUGCUGUUGAUGCAAAUGCCCUAGCCAAUUGGGCUGCACACAAUCCCAGAUUGGCCACUGAGAUCUCUGUCGUUGACACUUGGGGUCCCACUCCUCCUUAUGCCAUUGUUGUUAGCAAGAGCUUACCAGGGGAGCUGAAGUCGAAAUUAACAGAGGUGCUGCUGAAUUUGCACAAUGACAAGAAGUGGACUGAGAAGUUGAACUCCUUCUUUGUAUCCCACUUUUUACCCAUUGGUGACCAUGUCUUCACCUUUGAAAAGGACAUUGCCAGCUUAGUCAAAGAUCAAGGCAUUGAUCAACGCAUCUAUUACUAAAUAUUGAAUUUCCAUUCUUUCUUCUCUUAUAUCUCAGUUCCAUUCAUGAAUCAAAAUCUGCUUUAUAUCCAUUUUACUUUGUUGCUUGGUGAUCUGAAUGAACAAAUGGUCUUUCUUGAAUGAAGUAUAGUUUUUGCAAUAAUGUGAAAUUUUAUAGAGACAUAAUAUUUUUAGUUUUUUAGAGGCUUUUUAUUAUUAGAGUGGUAGAAUCUAUGUCAUUCCCC